AGGGAAGAGACUGACGCCGCAGAGUUGAGGUAUUGCCCACAUACGUUUUGAAAGGGCAAGGUUGCAGGCAUGAUUGUCAAAUGUGACGUUUGUAACGCCGAGUUUCGUCGCUCCGAACACCUCAGCCGUCACCUCCUUCGUCAUAUCGGCGUACGACCUUUUUCAUGUGCGAUGUGUGGCGCUGACUUUUCCCGAAGGGACUCACUGCAACGUCAUAUGCAGAGCCACGAAAAAGCUUCAUCAGAACCAAACGACUCUAAUUCUUCAAAGAGGACACGCAGGUCUUGCGUAUCGAGGGCAUGCCGCGAUUACGCACGUUCAAAGCAGAAGUGUGAUGGAAGGACACCCUGCGCUAGAUGCAAGACACGGCAGCGGAACUGCGUGUAUGUUUCCACAAGCCAACGAAGAGCCAAGAAUUCUGGUGAAGGUGUGGCUUGGAAUGUCGAUCAAGCAACAGAUGCCCACGUUACGCCAGAAUCUACUGGUACACAUGUCCAUUCGUCAAGCUUCAGUGACCUCUUGGAACACCAAGGCCACUUCACAAGUACUGAGCCGCCAGGAUGCGAUGACCAGCCUCACAAUCCUGACAGCUAUCCUAGUUUACUAGGGUCUACAAGUCAUCUCGGACCUCAAGCUUUCGAAACGUCAGACUCACUGCUUUAUGAUCCAACCCAAUGGUGUUUUCUAACCUCCGAAAACCACAACUGGUUGAAUGGCGCGGUCAGUGAUGACGUUUGGAAAGGUGCAACACAGAUUGAUGACACUUUCGACACUGUACAGUGGUCCAGAAGAGAAAGCGAUAGUUUCCAGGAGCGGAUUCCGGACUCUUUGUUACAAACGAAAGCACGAUCAGCAGCGCCAGACAUUGCCACCAAUCCCCAGGACGCUGCGACUGACGUGGAUCAGGGAGUGACAUCCACGGAGGUUGCAACGCCACUACUGUCAGAUGAGGCCCCGAGGCCCAAUUUCACAAACCAUUCUGAACUAUCAGCUACUUUCCAAGAUGCGCUGAGAAAACCCGCAGCACUUGGAAGAGACUGUGGGAACAAUGCGGCCAGUGAGGUAGCUAAAAGCAGACGGAAAACCCGUUUUGUCACAGAUGAUCUUGAGGGACUCUCCUAUAUUCCACGAUCCUCUUUUCUAAGAAAAGACCCUAGCAACAAUCCCGAUGCUUGGCGUCUCGAGGACUAUGAGCAUGUCCCAACUUUGAACCCAGAUGUCUACAGCUUCAUCAGUACGAAAUUUGCCAUGUUGAACGCCGACAACUCCUUCUGUCUACCCUUUACAGACGAACCAUUUCCCUCUUUUGAGGCCAUCAACGCCUUUGUACAAUCCUAUUUCGAACAUUAUCAUCCUGUUUUCCCGCUGCUUCAUCAAGCUAGCUUUGACCCCAAACACUCACAUUGGGUCUUAGUCAUUGCCGUUGCGGCAACAGGAUGUGGGUUUUCUGUGCUUGGCACGACAAGAACAAGUUUUAUACUUCAAGAGCUGCUGCGCCGUUCAAUCAAUCUCUACUUUGAGCUGGAAACCGAGCCAGAUCUCAAGUCCGAGCUAAGUAUUGCUCAAGCUAUUUUGCUUAGUCAAAUUGGCUUAAUGUUCUCAGGCAAUAUGUCGUUUUCUGAACACGCACAGAAGAGCAUGUCUCUAUUGGCGACAUUUUGCAGAAAAGCCAACUACUUUACAGAGUGUCCACCAGUCGACCAUUCACCUCCCACGAGACGAAAUGAUUGGUCAAAAUGGAUCUACACAGAAUGCAAACGGCGCCUCGUUCAUUUAUCCUGGCAAUGGCAUUCCAUGUCUCAAAUGCUAGACCGACAUACAUUGGACGAUCAUCGUGAACAUCUUGACAGAAAUUUUCUUGACAAAUUUAUUCUCCAGCUCUUUGACAGCCAAAUUUGCGCUUUUUUCGACUUACCUCCUACAAUACCGACUGAUCUUCUCCGACUGCCCAUGCCAUCCGUUGAUUCACUUUGGAUGGCACGAUCAUCUGAGGAGUGGAAUGGAGAGCUCUCAGAACUUUCAAACCUUGGCAAGCCGAGAUCCCUCCGAGAAGAGGUCAAUAGCUUUUAUAGAACACAAAAGCUUCCGGAAGCAACUAGCGAACUCAACAAAAUCCUCCUCACUCUCGCAGUGUAUCGCGACGCUGGGAGCGGAAGGGACACCGUCUCUUACCUGAAUCUUUUACGAAACGAUAAAUGCCAAAAUCCCCCGGAAACCCCACUUGGCUGGGUCGCCUUGCAGCACAACCAUCUUCUGAGCCUCCUAACCCACUUGUCUUUACGGGAUCUCAUGGUAUUCUCGGGCUGGCGGGCCAGUGGUCGUGAACAUAAGGCAGCAUGCCUGAGGCUGGCUUCAUGGCUCGCGCAGAAUCCGAGAAAGGCUCGUCUGAUCAUCUACCACGGCGCUCAACUCUUCGGCUCGAUACGGGAUCAUCCCACCCAAGGUCAUCAUGAAGCAAACAGUUUCUUGGUUGCAACUCUCGGAAUAUGGGCAUCUACAGCGGUCAGAACAGGCGAUGUUUGCUCAAACCUCGGUUUGGAGUCUGGUCAUACUGCAACCCCCCUACUCUCCAACGAAAGCAGUAAUUUCAAUGAUUGUUCCUCAGAGAAUCUACGAAGUAGGAGAACUAUAAGACUCGACAAGCCAGUCCCUAUUGACAAAGUAGAGCCAUGGAUCUCAGGGGCUUCGCUCCAUCGGCCAUACCUGAGUGGAGUUGGUGCGCUUACGAGCCAGGAUGUGUGCAGUCAUCUACUGGAAGAGGGUGUGCGUGUUCUUUCUUCUCAAUCAGGUUGGUCCAUUGGCUUGGCUAUCAGCGUGGUCCUGCGGGCGCAUUGGACAACAAAACACAAAGGACAGGAAGAGAACCUGUCUCAUACUAACCAUGCUUCUCGUCGCAACAUCCCUACCGCACACCCCCACUCAACGGCCAAAUGA